UGAUCAGAGCUGAGACGCCAUUACAGGGAGUGAGAUCUCUGCUGGAAAACACACAUUUGGAGUUUAUUAAGUGAAGAGACUAAAAGCUGGUGAGUCCUGCUACUGAAAAAUACAUUUAGAAUGGCUGAGAGAGCUCUUGUUGAAAGUUUCCUGAGCUGCCAUGUGUGUUCAGAGACUUUCAGAGAUCCUGUGUCUCUGAGCUGCAACCACAGCUUCUGUUCAAGCUGCCUGCAGAAAUUCUGGGAACAAGCUAAAAACAAAAACUGUCCCAUUUGUAAAACAAAGUCCUCAAAGGAAUUUUCAAAUGUGAACUUUGCACUUAAGGAACUGGCUGACUCCUUUACUGGGAGACAGAAAGCUGGAUCAUCUGAGACAGAAAAAGGAGAGAAGAAGGAGGAGGUGGUGUGUAGUAAACAUCAAGAGGAGCCUAAAUCAUUCUGUAAGGAUGAAGAUAGAGCUGUGUGUCCUGGCUGUGAAUUUUCUCUCCACCAGAGUCACAAGGUGGUUCCUAUAGAACAAGCAGUCAGUGAGCUGAAGGACCAGCUGAAAUCUGACUUAAAGUCUCUGCAGGACAAGAGGGACAAAUACAAACAAGUGGAGGAAACAUACAAUGAAGUGAUUCAACACUCCAAGAAGCAGCUGUUGUCCACAGAGAGGCAGAUCAGAGCAGAGUUCAACAAGCUCCAGCAGUUCCUGAAAGAGGAAGAGGAGUCCAGACUGGCAGCUCUGAGGGAGGAAGAGGAGCAGAAGGGGAAGACUAUCAGCAGAGAGAUGAAGAUGAUUGAGGAGCAGAUCUCCUCUCUGUCACACAGUAUCUGUGCUGUUGAAGAAGAGCUGCAGAAACACAAGGUGCCAUUCCUCAGCAGUUAUAAAGCCACUCAGAGCAGAGCCAGAGUCCAGUGCUCACUGUCAGAUCUACAGCUGGUCUCAGGAGCGCUGAUAGAUGUGGCCAAACACCUGGGCAACCUGUCCUUCAGAGUCUGGGAGAAGAUGAAGGACAAGGUCCACUUCAGUCUUGUCAUUCUGGACCCAAACACUGCAUGCCCCCGUCUCUGUCUGUCUGAUGAUCUGACCAGUGUGAGACGUGGAGACACAAAGCAGCAGCUUCCUGACAAUCCAGAGAGACACACUAAGUAUGCAGAUGUUCUGGGCUCUGAGGGCUUCAGCUCAGGGAAACACAGCUGGGAGGUGGAGGUGGGAGACCAUCCUGACUGGGAUGUAGGUUUGGCUAAAGAGUCAGCUGACAGGAAGGGAGAGAUAUCUGCUACACCAGAAGAUGGAAUCUGGUGUUUAUCACAUGACAGUGGAAAAUACACUGAUGUUGUUGGUGAGACUGUCACAGUGAAGAAGAGUCUCCAGAGGAUCAGAGUCCAGCUGGACUAUGACAGGGGGGAGGUGUCCUUCUACGACCCUGAAGACAUGACUCACAUCUACACUCACAGAGACACUUUCACUGAGAAACUCUUCCCACUUUUCUAUCUUGGAGCAGCUGGUGAUGCUAAAACUGCUGAUAUCAAAAUAUGUCACACUGAGAUUUCUCUGUGAUGUUCAGAAAUGUUGGUGUUAGUGAAGACUUUACUCUGACUUCACUGUUUGUCUUCAUGUCAUUGGGAUAAUUAAGACAAUACACAGUUAAUCCAGAAAGAUGUGUUUCUAAUAACCAAACUGCAUUACAUUAUCAGGUGAUGAACUUUCAUGCAGGUACAAAUCAAGGCUGAUUUUUGAAUGAUAUAUUCUUUAACAUAGUCAUCAGCAUCUUGUUUUGAGUCAGACAACACUGUAUAGUCGUAUCAGUCAUCAGCUUUAGUUUGAGAUAUUAUUGGAGUCUUUUAUGAGGUAAAU